UAUAUAUUUAUAUAGGGUGGUUAAAAAAAAUGUAUAUUUGUUUCUUAUAAUUUUAAAAUGUUCUACAUUUUUUUUAUAGAAAUGUAAUUCAUGCAUAUCUUUAUUUUUUAUAUAUGCAUUGCAUACUGUUAUAUGAAAUAAUUAAAAUGAAAUUAUUGUUUAAACACCUUAUAUAUGCAUUAUCUAUGAACUUUCGAGAUAAUUUUAUGCACACGUUUCGCACAUAUUGUAACGUGUAUCUUUAUUUUAUAUUAAUAAUAUAAUUGUUUUAUAUGAUUUAUUUAAAAUUUUAUAUUUAUAUUAAAUUUUGUAAAAAUUUUAUUAUUAUGUAAAUUUAUCAAUUUUUUAUUUCGUAUUUUUUAUCAAUUUUUAUUAAUUAUUAUUAUUAUUUUAUUGAAAUUAUUAAUUUAUUUUCUCAAUUUAUGAAAAUAAAUGAAAUACAUAUAAUUUUCUUAAAUGAAAUAGAAAUAAAAAUUUUUACUGAAAAUAAAAAGUAAAUUUAAGAAUUUUAUAAAAGGAAUUAAAAACUAUAUUAGGUCAUUGAACUAUUGUAUUUAACAUGCUACAAUGUUUAUGAUUUGGGGAGAUUGGAUCGCAGAUGGAAUGCAAUCUGUAGACAUGCGAAGUUUCCUUGAUUCUGUAGUUAUAACAAAUAAAAGUAUUGUAAGGAGAAUUCGCGUGUCUCCCUAUGAAAUAUAUAAAACGCAUUGGCGUAAUGAUCCCGAAAUACAAAAACAUUAUUGGGCAGCAUCUUUUCUUUUACCCAUUGGAACAAUUUUUAUUCUUGCUUUGAUAGUUCUUUUAAUGGUAUUGUUCAAAAGAUGUCCACAAAUGAUUGCCGCGAUUGUCACAUCAAUUCUUGGUGUGAUUAUUAUAUUUACAGUACUGGUAUCAAUUAAUCAUGCUCCAAUUUACGCUUGAUAUUUUCUAAUAUUUCUUCUUACAAAAUACAAAAUGUAAUAUUUUAUCUUUUCUAAUAUGUUCAAAAUUUUACAGACCAAGAUUAAUAUAAGGAUUACUGUGCCAUCAAUGCAAACAGUUACACAUGCAUGCACAUACUGAAUAUUUUUAUAUUCUGUAUAUUCUUAUAAUAGAAAAACAAAAUAUAUUAUCAAACAAUUUUCACAUAA